AAAAUCACGAGCGUCAAGGACACAAUGAUAUGAACCUACGCUAACUGCAUUACGAAGAUCGUGAAUAAUUCCAACGAUACGAGAUUCCUAACGGCAUAAAAUCAUAGCAUUCGAAGGAGGAUUAAACAAACCAUAUAGUAAAAAUAUUUUUCUCUUAAUUUUGAUUAAGCAGAAACUAGUAUCUCGGAAACUGAGAGAUGAAUUCCAGAGUUGGACCAGCAUGUUUGAUCAUCAUUCAAUGUAUUCUUUCGAUAAUGGCAUCUGGACAGUUACAGCUGACGACAGAAUUGGGGAAGAAUGUGUCAGAAACUACUUCCUCAAAAGAAAUAUUAUUAAAGGAAGCCAUCGACCAACUUUAUAAAGAAACUAUGAUAAGGCUUGAAAUUGAGAAAAAGUUACGGACUUUGACGGAAGAAGUUUCAAAUCUUAAAGCAGGAUAUGAGAAAGUAUGUGCAGCAAUACAAACAGAUAAAGAAAAUGGAUCGCAAGGAAUGACAAUCUCUGCCGUUGGAUUUAGUGCACUUCUUUCAAAAGAUGCCACACUAGGAGUCAAGCAAAUUGUCAAAUAUGACAAUGUAAUCACGAAUCAAGGAAACGGGUAUGACAAGUGGACCGGGAUCUUCACAGCGCCUACAGCAGGGCUUUAUGUAUUUUCAUGUACAAUAAUGGCUUUUGAUAGAAGUGCAAUACAUAUAGAAAUAGUACAAGAUGGACGACUCAUAUCUACUGUAAACUCCGAUAUUUCACCUUGGAACCAAGGCUCUGAAACUGUCGUGCUAACUUUAAAAAAAGGAGGUAAAGUUUGGACAAGAGCACAGCAUGUGGGAAAAAUUCAUGGACUUUAUAACAUAUUUUCAGGUUUUCUUACUUCCACUGAAAUUUAAAAGGUCUGUAUGAAUAGUUAUUUGUUAAUGAAAAAACUGCCUGAUUAGCUCGUUUUUUUUUUUACAUUGUAGCCUUUCAUUACUAGAAUACUAUUUAUACUGUAUAAAUAUAUAAUUAUGUAUCGUAAU